AUGUUAUCCCCCAACAACCACUUCACGACAUGGCUCCUCUCCAUGCUCGCUAGCACCCUCUUUGGGGUAGCAAUAGCCGAAACCAUCGUCAUCAAAGCCGAAGGUCUCGUCUUCGGUCCGGAGAUCAUCACCGCCAACAAGGGCGAUACCCUUGAGUUCCACUUUUUGCCUAGGAAUCACUCGGUUGUCAAGGGAUACUUUGGCCAUCCGUGCCAGCCCGCGACGUCGGAUAUGGAGGGACGGUUCUUCUCGGGGUUUUUGCCGGCGAAGAGUAAUGAGGAGAAUCCCUCAAUCUUCCGCGUAACAGUCGGCUCAACCGCCCCCUUCCCCUUCUACUGCUCCACCCCCUCCCACUGCUCCAAAGGCAUGAUCGGCAUCGUCAACGGCUCUCCCGACCAACUCGCCCAAUACAAAGACCAAGCAGCCCGUGAAGCCGCCGUCCAACCCGGCGGUGACUUUGCUUUCGAGAAGAUGAACCCCCCUGAUCCUUCCAAGCCUUUUGGCGGGGAACUGGUCAAGAACCCUGAUUAUGCUGCUUGGUAUGGUGGUGAUUCUGGUACUUCUUCUACUGCUACCGGUGCGGGAGCAGAGGCAACGGGGGUUGGGGCUGGGGCUGGGGGAGAUGGUUAUGGACAGCAUCCCCCCCCGCCGCCGCCUCCUCCGCCCCCGCCACCUCCGGCUGCUACGACUGCUACGGCACCUGGAAGUGGAAGUGGAAGUGGUGAGAGUACAACUGGAGCGGUGGGAGGUGUGACGGGUAGUGCUACUGGACCUUCGGUUUCUGGGACGGUGGUUACUAGUACAAGUACUGGGACGUUAACUUCUACUGUGACCAGUGGUGAGAAUGGAGUGCCGGCGGAAUCGAGUCAGCCGCCUGCUGCUAAUGGGGCGGUUGACAUGGGUAUUAAUACCGGUGGUGGUGGUGGGAUGCUUGGGUUAGUAGCUGUAGGUUGGUUGAUGGCUUUGUUGCUUUGA